UGAUCCGGUCCAAUUCGUCUGACCAACUGCUCAACUCGCAGCCAGACGGUCGUACGCUAUACUAUAGUGCUCUCUCCGUUUCCAUAUCCUCUUGACCUCUUCUCCUUGGGCCAGACGCAGUCUACACCACGCCGUUCGUCCUGAGGUUAGUCGAUUAUUACUAUUUGUCUUCUUAUUUUAUCUCAUCUUGUUUGGUUUGUUCCUACAUAUCUUAUUUUAUUUUAUCAGCAGUGAAUAGAUCAAGCUUAGAUAGUUAGAGGGUGUUGUUGAGGUUCGUUUUUUACAUGUUCUUUCAUUUAAACGAUGAAUAAUUUUCUAAAUUAAGGAGUUGUAAUAAGCUGCAAUUUAAUGACCAACCAAUAUGCUGGCACUGUGAACUAACUUUGUGCUCUGAUUUUGGUUAUCAGUUGAGCAGUGAAUGGAUUUUGCCAAUUGCUCUUCACUCUAAAGAGUUUGCUGGAAAAGAAUGAAUUGAAAUCUUUCCAACUCUUCAGAAUUCUGAUUUGUCAAAGAUGAAAGUGAAAAAGCAGAAGCGCCAUAGGAGAGCAGUCAGGUUUUACGCAGCUUGUUUUGGUUUCAGAGAGCCGUAUAAAAUUCUUUGUGAUGGAACUUUUGUGCACCAUUUGAUUUCCAAUCGAAUCACUCCUGCUGAUACUUCACUCGCUAAUACUCUUGGUGCCACUGUUAAACUUUUUACCACCAGAUGCGUUGUUGAAGAAUUGAAGAGACUUGGGACCUCUUACUCCGAAUCACUCAAUGCAGCCCGUAGUCUUUUAACUGCAAGAUGUGAUCACGAGAGCAGGAGAAGUGCUGUAGCUUGCAUAACAGAGAUCAUUGGAGAAGACAAUCCUGAACACUUUUUUGUUGCUACACAAGAUGCUGAUCUAAGGAAAAAUCUUAUGCAGAUACCUGGCGUUCCUUUAAUUUAUGCACUUAGGAAUGCUUUGUUUCUUGAACGGCCUUCCACUUUUCAACAGAAGUUUGCCAAGAUGGCCGAAGAAGGGCGUUCACAUAUGACUGAGAAAGAGUAUAAAGCUCUAAACAUUAAGAAAAAGAGGAAGUUUUCUGACCACAAUGCUAUUGAUGCCUCUAAUGGAAGUGGAGAAGAGACAGGCCAUGACUUAGAGGUCAAGAGUGUCAAGAUGGAUGGUGAAAGAAAACGAAGCAACAUCAAGGAUGAUAAAGUUCAAUUUAAAAGAAAGAAAGCCAAGAACCCAAAUCCACUUUCUGUCAAGAAGAAGAAACCUAAACAUGUGAAUGCAGUAGCUGCCUCAGAAAAGAACCCAGAUCCACUUUCUGUCAAGAAGAAGAAACAUAAACAUGUGAAUUCAGUAGCUGGCUAAGAGAUAAUUUAUUCUGAAUGCGAGUUUUGGCAUCCCCAUUCAAAUUGUAUCACCUUCAGACUUUAGUCAUUUUGAUUAAGCACCUCAGAACACAAUUGGAUUAGUCAUAUAAAUGUAUAAUCACUUCACAUGAGGUUUCAAAAGCACAUUUGGUUAUUGAUCAUGGGGCUUAGUUGAUUGCACAACGUCAUUGAAUUACAUGAUUGAAUUUACAUCAAAUGGGUGAUAUGUUGAGUUCAAAGUUGUGG